AUGUCAUCGAAACAGAUCGGAAACGGCGGUACGUCGACAAAGGAAGGAAAUCGGAAUUGCAGAAAGUGCACUCGUACCGACAGCGCCGAUAACAUGGUGGGAUGCGAUGCCUGUGAAACUUGGGAACAUUAUCAAUGUGCAGGUGUUAGUGAGUCGAUCGAGGCUGUAGAUCGUAGCUGGAAGUGUGAACGCUGUAGAGCGAACACUGAAGCAAAAGAGGCCACAAAAUCAAUGGUCUCCUUUACCGGAACUUCGGUCAGUAAAGCAAGUCGUAAGUCACAGAGGAUAGAAUUAAGCUUGAGGUUGCUUGAAGAGCAGCGAAACAUCGAGAUGAAGCGGUUGGAAAAAGAAGAAGUUUACAUUAAGCAGAAGUUCAACCUGUUGGUACAACUAGGAGAAGACGAUGAAACGACGAGCAGGCGGAGUCAGGUCAGUGCUAAAAGCAAACGUGAACGGCUGGAAGGAUGGCUGCAAGGUACGAAGGUGGAUGCAGUCGGCACAGUGGAACCAGCACCGUCUGGUCAGCUCCCAGAGCCUGUAGCUGCAACAAUUCCAGUUGAAAUGAAUGGUGCUGCUAUGGCGAGUACGAGUACUCCAUUGUUACCAGCGGAAUCAGAGGUGAACUUCAUACGACAUUUACCCCAGAAGACUUCUACACCUACCGGUCAAAAAAUAGUUGCAUCAUCUACAGAAAUACGGAAUUUGAUAGGGCUGUCAAUGCCAGAGAAAGUGUCCAAUCCGGCGAAACAGCCUCCAUCUAUUAUUGCGAGAUCUAAAGUCGUAGCAAACACAUCGAGUCCCGUACUCUGCCAAAACGAAGCUCCGAUGUAUACAACGAAUAAUCCUGCACAUACGAAAACUCCAGGCGUGGUUUCUGUCCCGAAUUUCACACGUCUGUCAUUGAACUGUGUUGGUGUGACAGGGACAAGAAUGAGCACUUCAGUAGCAAUGUCGAAUAAUUGUAUCGUCUCGGAAUCAAACAUCAUCUCUCACCCGGUGUCAUGGCCACCAGGACCUGUAACUUCCGUCACACCGAUGUUCACAGGAAUUACAUCGUCAAUAUCCAGUUUACGUUCCCGGUUGAUACCGGAAUCCAAUAUCGUAUUUCAACAACCACUAGCGCCUGUCGCCCUCACUGCGUCAUCUAAUCUUCUACCCGUCCUGGAACCAAUACCGCAGAGACAGAAUUUGUACGGGUCGGGGGGUGAAAUUCUACAUGGACCUACGAACGCCCAGUUGGCGGCUCGGCAGGUUAUGCCAAAGGAACUGCCGAAGUUUACCGGUGAACCCCAGGAUUGGCCCAUGUUUAUCAGUUCCUUUAUAAACUCAACAGAAGUAUGCGGCUACACAGACGCUGAGAAUCUGGCUAGAUUGCAGCGUAGUCUUGGAGGUAACGCGUUGGAAGCCGUUAGAAGCCGUCUACUACUACCAGCUUCGGUGCCAUACGUCUUGGAGACAUUACGCAAAUUGUAUGGUAGGCCAGAAAUUCUUAUCAAUACCCUACUUAAACGGGUUCGUAGUGUAACACCACCGAAAUCAGAUAACCUUCACUCCAUCGUGGUGUACGGACUGGUGUGGGGUAUUUUCAAGCGUGGUCGAAUGGACGUCAACUUGGCUACGUUCAAUGAGUUCAUAUCGGAUUUGAUGAAUGUGGCUUCUGAUUUGAGUAUCGACAUCGACGCUGCUCAGAAUCACGCAAAGUGUUUCGGAGGAGAGAAGGGAAAGUCGAAGGAGAAGUUGUUCACCCACACACACGAGUCGACUGCUGUGAAAGGGAAAAUAGAACAAAUAGAGGUGUCUACGCUCAAAACCUGUUCCUACUGUAGUAGAAAUGACCAUCAGAUAGCGGAUUGUGAUAGAUUUCAGUCUUUGGAUGUUGACGGGCGUUGGAAGGCGGUUAGACAGAGAAACCUCUGUCGUACGUGUCUGGUACCACAUCGAAAAUGGCCGUGUCGAUCAAAGAAGGAGUGCGCUGUGGAAGGAUGUCGUAUUCAUCACCAUGCUCUUCUGCACAGUACUCGAGACCUCACAUUGGAUGACACAACAAACCCUGGACACACUGUUUACCAACAUCACCACUUUUCGAAUUCGUGCUCAUUGUUCCGGUACUUACCAGUCACUCUGUUCGGUAACGGCGCUACGGUUAACACGUAUGUAUUCCUCGACGACGGUUCUUCAUCUACCCUGCUGGAGGAGGAAAUAGCAGCACAGCUGGGAAUCUCUGGGGAGCCGGAUGUGCUAUGGUUGAGCUGGACAGGGAAAAUCGGCCGUCAAGAAAAGGCAUCGCAGCGGGUGUCCAUACAAAUAGCUGGAUUCGGUGCGAGAAAAACGCACUGUUUGGAAAACGUACGAACGGUACGUGAGUUGGGACUACCACUUCAAACGAUGGAUUACACCCAUCUUUCGAAGACUUUCCCCCAUUUACGAGGUCUUCCUAUCACCAACUACACUAAUGUCAGACCAGGUAUGAUAAUUGGACUAGAGCAUGUCCGGUUGCUGACCACAUUGAAGUUACGAGAAGGAGGUUGUAACGAUCCUGUGGCGGUCAAAACUCGUCUUGGAUGGUGUGUGUACGGUAGAUACACGGGUGGUGGCAAUCCUGUUGAACAUUUAAACGUCCACAUUAGUGGCGAUGUAAGCAAUAACCAGCUACACGACACAAUGAAAAAAUUCUUCCUUAUAGAAGAAGCCGCUGUGAGUAUAAAGUUAGAAUCAGCGUCUGACAGACGAGCUCUAGAGAUUCUAGAACAGACAACAGUUCGAAGAGAGAACCGAUACGAAACGGGGUUGCUUUGGAAAGUUGACCGCCCGGUUUUCCCUGAAAGUUUACCGAUGGCGAUGAAGAGACUUGUUGGCUUGGAGAGAAGGUUGACACGAGAUCCUGCGCUUCGAGCGAAAGUAGAGGAGCAGAUCAAAAGCUACGAGGAGAAGGGAUAUGCUCAUCGUGUUUCGAAGGAAGAAAUCGAACAUACAGAUUCGAAGCGGGUUUGGUACCUGCCGCUGGGAGUGGUUACCAGUCCAAAAAAGCCUGAGAAAGUUCGCUUCAUAUGGGACGCCGCAGCCAAAGUCAACGGGGUAUCAUUCAAUGAUAUGCUUUUGAAAGGUCCGGAUCUUCUCACUUCUUUAUUCGCUGUUCUCCUACGUUUUCGCCAAAGAAACAUCGCGGUGUGUGGUGACAUCCGUGAGAUGUUUCACCAAAUAUUAGUUCGUGAAGAGGAUAAGCAGUUUCAGCGAUUCUUAUGGAGGAACGAACCUUCGGAUGUAGCACAAAUCUGGGUAAUGGACGUUGCUACGUUUGGCGCAACAUGCUCUCCUUCAAUAGCACAGGCAGUAGACAUUAUAAUCGAUGACCAUUAUGUCGACGACUGCCUCUUCAGUGUAGACACGGUAGACGAGGCAGUGCAACUGACGCAGGAAGUGAAAGCCAUUCACGCAGCGGCUGGCUUUGAGCUAGUUAAGUUGCAGUCGAAUUCAACGGCUGUGCUGUCGUUUCUGGGAGAACCUGAUCGCCUAUUGUGCAAAACGUUGAGUGUUGACCAGCCAGAAGAAUCAGAACGCGUUCUCGGACUGAUGUGGAUUCCAUCUGCGGACAUUUUCACAUUUCAAGUGACGGAAGAUGUGCUACAGCUAAUUGACCGCGCAAUUGUCCCUACGAAAAGACAAAUUCUUCGAACGGUGAUGAAAAUCUUCGACCCGCUUGGAUUCAUUGCGCAUUUCGUUGUGCACGGCAAGACCCUGAUGCAGGAGGUGUGGCGCUCGGGUACGGAUUGGGAUGAAGUGAUAACAGAACACCUAGUCGACCGGUGGUUCCGAUGGACGGCAAUGCUUAAGCAAAUUAGUGACGUGAGGGUGCCACGAUUCUACUUCCGAGACACCGAUUUCCGGAAGUUUGGAGCAGUACAGGUUCAUGUUCUUACCGACGCUAGCGAGGAGGCAUACGCGUGUGUUGCAUACCUCAGAGUAGCUACAAGGGACGGGGGACGGUGCGCAUUCCUGACAGCGAAAACGAAAGUCGCCCCCCUGAAGCCGCUUUCUAUCCCAAGGCUUGAGUUGCAGGCGGCAAUGUUGGGAGCUCGAUUGAUGCAAACCAUUUGCACGGCUCUCACACUCAACAUCUCUAAACGUAUCUUGUGGACGGAUUCAGCGACGGUGCUAGCAUGGCUACGGUCAGAAACUCGACGAUAUCACCAAUUCGUGUCGUUUCGGAUCGGAGAAAUCCUGUCGCUCACCAGGAUGGAUGAAUGGCGGCACGUACCAACGAAAUUGAACGUGGCUGACGAGGCCACAAAAUGGGGCUCCGGGCCGAAAUUCGAUCCCUGCUGCCGUUGGUUUAAAGGGCCUACAUUCUUGGGUGAUGUAGAAGUGGCCUAG